AUGGGCAAAAAGUUGGCAGUUUCGAUUGGCUCCUUGGCGGUGCUUUGCGUCUUGAUUGGGCAAAGUUCUGCCUUUCUGCGAAAACUGUACAAUCCUCACACUGAGGUAGCAAACGCUCUCAUUGAGCAGCAAUUUACAGCGGAAGAUGACUCUGAUGUGCUCUUUCUCACGCCGUACAUCGAAGCGGGCAAAUUGGCCGAGGGACGGAAGCUCAGCGAGGUGACCAACCUUCCCGGCGGUGUGCCCAAGAGCACCAAAAGCUUUUCCGGAUACCUCACGGUGAAUAAGCAGUUCAACUCAAAUAUCUUUUUCUGGUUUUUCCCUCCUCUGGUUGACAAGAACACUCCGGUGAUUUUGUGGCUGCAAGGCGGCCCAGGCGCCAGUUCCCUCUACGGCCUCUUUGUCGAAAACGGUCCACUGCAGGUGACCGAGGACUUGAAGGUGCUGGAGCGAAACCACACAUGGAACCGAGACUUUGCCAUGCUUUACUUUGACCAGCCCGUAGGCACUGGUUUUUCCUUUACUGACAGCGAUGAAGGGUACGCGAAGAACGAAGUUGAUGUCGCCCGGGACAUGUACGAGGCGCUGAGGCAGUUCUUUACGCUCUACGAAGACUACCGCGGGAAUCCAUUCUACGUGGCCGGUGAAUCGUACGGAGGCAAGUACGUUCCAGCCAUAACGUACAAAAUUCACAAAGAAGGAGAGAACGCUACCAAUGUGGGCAUCAAUUUGCAGGGAAUGACAAUUGGCGAUGGACUGUGCGACCCUAAAAACAUGCACGAUUACGGCGACUACCUCUACCAAGUUGGCCUGCUCGAUGAACUUCAGCGAGACCACUUUUACCGGGAGCAGAUCAAACUGCAGAUUUUCAUUGACGAGCGCAAGUUUGAGGAGGCCUUUCGCGUUUUUGACGCCCUGCUCAACGGUGACCUGACGCCCGGCGGCACCUCCUACUACCGCAACGUCACCGGAAUGAGCAACUACUUUAACAUUCUUUUUGACAAUGAACCGGUGGAGACGGGCUACUACAACAACUACCUGGCGGAGAAGGCAGUUCGCCAAGCGAUUCACGUCGGCAAAAUGCCCUACAAUGACGGCUCUAUCGUGGAGAAGCACCUGAUCAAAGACAUUAUGGACACA